UUUUUUUUUUUUUUUUUUUUUUGCCGCGUCGGUCGGGGUUUAAUUUAAAAAAAGGAAUGCACGCGUUUAAAAAAAAAUUGUCUAAUCCCUUUUUAAAAAUCUUCCAUUAGCACAAUGAGUGAUCGUCCUAAAAGAAAAAGAAGACAAGCAACACCUAAAACCAAAGUCAGUAAUGCUCAUUAUGUGGGUUACGUUGAGGAUGGUGAGUCUGUGGCCGCAAUCAUGAAGAAAUUCGAAGAAUUGGAACGCAUACAACAAGAAUUUUCAUCGCUCCAUGUUCAACCUGUUGCUGAAGUAACUUCUACUUCUUCGGAAGAAGAGAAUAAAGAAAAUAUUCAGGGCGAAGACCAGGACGAGGCGAUGACAGACGUAUCGUCAACGCCUGACCACAUUAAACCACAGUUUACCCAAGAACAGCUUGAGGAGGUCUUUAAACGUACAUCUGCUUUUACAGUAAGAAGUGCUACGAUCGAUACAAGCACAAUUCAAGACAUGGAUGCACUGGAUCUUUGGCAGGUCGAAUAUAGGGAUGGUAGUACUUCUGAGGUCUACGAAGAAGAUGAAUAUAAUUAUGUGGAUGAAAGCUUUUGGGACGACGAAUUUGGAGAGAGGGCGACGCCGGUUAAAAAGAGUAGAAGUGCUCGUACCCCGAGAGAACCUAGAGCAAUUGGAACGAGGCGUGGUGUUGAUCGUGCAAGUAUUAUUGCCAAAUAUAAAAUCUUGCAAGUGCAAGUCCAAGAUAGAAAUGGUAAAUACCUCACCAUCAAAAAGCGCGUGAGUAAUAUGGAUCCCAGUCUACCGACCUAUGUGAGAAUUCCUGCAAGACCCGUUUCUCGUGCUUGGGCUCAUAAAAUUUUGACAAAAUCAGCAGCAGAGGUUCCUAUCACGGUACCUGGAUCAAGGUAUCUGGAGGUGGAAAACCUUUUGCAUACAGAUUUAACACAAUAUGGCCAGGAUUUUACUGCUGUGUAUAUGGAUCCACCAUUGCUUUUGCCUAAUGAAGAACCUUGUCACGGGAAAAUCACUAUUGAUCAAUUUACCAAAUUGAAUGUUUCAAAAAUUGUCAAGGCAGGGUUUUUGUUUAUCUGGGUAGAAAAGGAAUGGUUACAGAGAAUGGUUAGAAUAGCGUCAAAGUGGGGAUUUAAAUACGUAGAAAACUUUUGCUGGAUCAAGAAAAAUGUCAACAACGAAAUGAGCAGAACCGAAUACAAGUAUUUCAACAAAAGCAAAAUAACUUUGUUGAUAUUCAGGAAAGAAGGCGAAAUUGAUUUACGUCAUCAACGUAACCCUGAUUGCGUGUUUGAUUUCAUUAGACCAGGAUUACCAGAUGAAAUCACUCAGAAAAAGCCUCCGUUCGUGUAUAGUGUUAUUGAGACUUUACUUCCUGGGGCCAACUAUAAUUCUGAGACAAACCCAAACGGAGAAAAGUUGCUUGAAUUAUGGGCUAAGAAAGAUUCUAGAAGAUCGGGCUGGACUGCAAUUGCUGAAGUAUAAACUUUAGCCUGUAUGUAAUUAUAAUUAAAAGGAAAUCUGUACACAGUCAAUUCAAAAAGGAAAGUCGCAAUCGAUAUAAUGCAAAAUGGUUCUGUUGUUUUUUUUUUAUAACUUUUAUGAAAGACG